CCAACCUGGAACACAUCUGUGUUGGCCGCGAUUUAUGUUGCGGCUCUGCCUUCCACUCAUUUCCUUCUGAUGUUUUCGACCCCUACUCGAGUUCAGAAGGCUGACUUUUGUUGAUUUCAUCAUCCUGGAAAACUGUUGUCUUGACGAUCCUUUCAUCGAGGAUGCCGCGGUUGCUUUGCCGGGUAUUCGUGUAUUGAGAUCCAUUUCGGAACAUCAGACCGACACUCCCGCGGUCACCUCCAUCGCAAUACUAUCGUUCGUCACGCGAUGCACCUCGUUGUGUACCCUGCAUUUGAAUUUCGAUGCCACACAAGUGCCGACGCCUCCUCAUGUGCCAGGCGGAUAUACGGACCUUUGGCUCAACCAAAUAGCUCUUUAAGAACUGCAUGUCGGGCACUCCCAUGUGGUGACAGCACUUGUCCCAUUCUUGCUAGCAGCCGUAUUUCCAAAUCUGGAUGAUAUCAAAUGGCAUUAAACGCCCAGUGUUGACUAUGAUGUUCGGCUGCACGAACUCCUGUGGGGCGA